AGCAGGCACCACGGCCGCCAUUAAAGAAAGGAAUCUGUAAAUUCAAAUGGGAAAGCUGCCCCGACAUUGAUCCGAUUAUUUAUUAUCGCUUCUUAGUUGCUAUCGCUUGGGAUUGGCCUGAGAGAAGGCGGUAGGCAGCGGAUAUACCGAAUCUCAGCCUCGACAACUAUCUGUGUGUGCGCAGGAGGAGACACUCGGGGAGGAGGAGGAGAGGAAAAUGGCGAACCUGUGAGAAAAGAAGCCGAGAAGCUCCCGGGGACUGUUGGUGGCCGGCUUCGGGCGUUUUCCUUUGUGUGCAGCGCGGAGGUCUAGCGUGCCCCUCAGUGCUCCGGUGACCGGGCGGUUCCCGCCAUGCUCUGCGCCCCGAACAGGGGGACAAGCGGCGGGGGAGGGAGGACUGAGACACCGCCCGGAGACCGGCGCCUGUAACCGCGCCAGGACGCUCGCCUCACGGUGCAGACUUAUUGCGCAGGCUGUGCGGCCGACAUAGCGCAGGGAUACUACGGGAGGCAGUGCGGCGGCGGUGGACAUUCGAGAACUCCAGUGCUCCUGGUCACGUGGAAUGGGCAGCGAUUAGUCGGUGAUAAUGGUGUGCUAGUGGAGCCCGGGAGCGGGGGUGUGCAGCUGCCGUGUCUUUCUUGUUCGGUGGGAUAAUGGCGUGCGCUCCCUGCCUGUGACGAUGAGUUCAUGUUUUGUGCCCAACGGGGCCAGUCUGGAGGAUUGCCACUCCAACCUGUUCUGCCUGGCUGACCUUACCGGGAUCAAAUGGAAGCAGUAUGUGUGGCAGGGCCCUACCUCUGCUCCAAUCCUUUUUCCGGUAACAGAAGAGGAUCCAAUACUGAGCAGCUUCAGUCGGUGUCUCAAAGCCGAUGUGUUAAGCGUGUGGCGGCGAGACCAGCGGCCCGGCCGGAGAGAACUGUGGAUAUUUUGGUGGGGAGACGAUCCCAAUUUUUCUGACCUAAUUCAUCAUGACUUGACAGUGGAGGAAGAUGGCAUUUGGGAUAAUGGUCUCUCAUACGAUUGUCGUACUCUGCUAUUCAAGGCCAUUCAUAACCUGCUGGAGCGGUGUUUAAUGAACCGAAAUUUUGUCCGCAUAGGAAAAUGGUUUGUUAAGCCAUAUGAGAAGGAUGAGAAACCAGUUAAUAAAAGUGAGCAUUUGUCUUGCUCGUUCACCUUCUUUCUUCAUGGGGACAGCAAUGUUUGCACAAGUGUAGAAAUAAACCAGCACCAACCAGUGUAUCUUCUUGGUGAGGAGCACCUUAACUUAGCCCAGCAGUCAAGUAGCCCGUUUCAAGUUAUCUUAAGCCCAUUUGGAUUAAGUGGAACCCUCACAGGGCAGUCAUUUAAGAUGUCUGAUUCUUCUACUAAGAAAUUAAUAGGAGAAUGGAAGCAGUUCUAUCCCAUUUCAUCCAAUAUAAAAGAGUGCCCAGAGGAGAAACAAGAGGAAAUGGAUUGGGAGGAUGAUUCAUUGGCAGCUGUUGAAGUUUUAGUUGCUGGUGUCCGAAUGGUCUACCCGGCAUGCUUUGUGCUUGUCCCUCAGUCAGACAUCCCUACAGUCACUUCAACUGGGUUCACUCAUUGCGCAAACACAUGUUUAGGUGUUCAAGUGCCUGCUUCUUCCCGAGAUCCAGCCAUGUCUUCAGUUACUCUGACGCCACCAACAUCCCCCGAAGAGGUUCAAACAAUUGAUGUCCAGUCUGCACAGAAGUGGAUGAAGUUUCCAUCUGUUAUAGAUGGUUUUAAUUCUGAUAGUACGAGUCAUCAUGGUGGUAAAAUACCUAGGAAGUUGGCUAACCAAGUGGUUGACAGAGUUUGGCAAGAGUGCAAUAUGAACAGAUCCCAGAACAAAAGGAAGUAUUCAGCUACUUCAAAUGGAGUGUGUGAUGAGGAGACAACUGAUAAAACCACAACCUGGGAUUUUGUAGAAGCUACACAAAGAACAACUUGUGUCUGUUCAAGACACAAAAAUCUCAAGCAGAGAAAUUCAGGUCAGCCGGGUCAGGUGACACCUGCAGGGUCCCAGCAACAAGCAGCUCAAAAGCACAAGACUAACGAGAAACAGGAAAAGGGAGACAAACCUCAGAAGCGUCCACUUACUCCUUUUCAUCAUCGCAUAUCUCUUGGUGAUGAUGUCAGCAUGGAAACAGAUACUACAAGCCAGAGACUUGGAAUUCGCUCCCAAGAUAGUAGAGGACGGUUUUCAAAUAUCCGGCCAAGUGAUGUAGCAAAAACUCCACAAUUGCAUGGCAAUGAGAUGAGUAAUUCGCCUCCGCCUCCUCCAUUGAGUCCUCAUCCCUGUGAGGUGUUAGAUGAUGGUGGUGAAAGCAUAAAGAAUCCAUCAACACCUCAAAGUCAGCAUUUUUAUCAGAUGCCUACUCCCGAUCCUUUAAUUCCUGCUAAAGCAAUAGAUGAACGACUAGAUGGCUUGUCUCAAACCUUUGCACCCCCAUUCACCGAAGUCCUUGAACCAACAGUUUAUGUUGGCACAGCAGUUCACUUGGAGGAAUGUGAAACUGACAACACCUGGAAGUAUUACAAGGUCCCAAAGAAAAAAGAAUCUGAGUUUCUUCCUCCAUCACUUCCAAAUGAUAAAGUAAGAGAUGAUGGAUUUGGUCCUCAUGGAAAGGAAAAUAUUACUUCUGUCACAGAGGCAAUGGUGCAAUGUAAAAAGCCACUUAAAAUUUCAGAAGAGUUGCUCCUCAAGUAUCAAAGCAAGAACCAAUACGUCCCAACUGCUGUAUUAGAUAGUGAUCAAGAACCUGAUCCCUAUGCCUUUGAGGAUGAUGGUGUGGAAUUUGUAUUCUCGGAUGCCAAAAAGGAUAGACAGGUCAAUGAAAGAGAUGUUGGAAAAAAGCAUAAGGCAGAUGAUGGCAUGUCAAAUGUUGCUGUUCUAGCCCAAGAGGGUGAAGAUGCCAUGUCGUUAUUCAAUCCAUCAGUUAAACAAGAUCCUCAGAAAUCAGCUGCUCAUGCCCGCACAGCCUCAACCAGCCUCUUUCAUGAAACUGACCUUGUGGUUUCCUUUAAUGAUUUGGAUAACCUUUUUAACUCUGAUGAAGAUGAGCUCACGCCUGGCUCUAAAAGGAAUCUUAACAAUGAUGACAAGAACAAUAACAAAGAGUCGAAAUCUGGCAAUUUGGACCCUUUGUCUUGCAUAACGGAUCUUCAAAAAAUGUACCCAACACCACCUUCUUUGGAACAGCACUUGGGCUUCUCGCCUAUGAACAUGAAUAGCAAAGACUACGGCAAUAUUGACACUACACCGGGAGGAACCCUUGAUGGAAUAUCUACCCAGUUCAAAAUUGAAGUUGAUGAAGGAUUCUGUAGCCCAAAGCAUUCAGAAAUGAAGGAUUUCUCCUACGUAUACAAACCAGAAACAUGUCAAGUAAUGGUGGGAUGUACCAUGUUCGCGCCUUUGAAGACCCUUCCUAGUCAGUGCUUGCCACCAAUCAAGUUUCCAGAUGAGUGCAUUUACCGUCCCAGUUGGACUGUAGGGAAAUUGGACCUGCUCGCACCUGUAUCCACAAUGCCUUUUAUCAAAGAUGGGAAUAUCUCUAGUGUCAGCAGUGCAAUUGACCAAGAAUAUGUUCAGACCUACACACCACAAACCCAUACACCAUUUGGAAUGUCAAAUAGUGCCCCACCUAGCAAUGGAGGAGCAGGCAUUCUUCCUUCACCUGCCACACCACGCUUUUCUGCUCCCACUCCACGAACGCCAAGAACUCCUCGUACCCCAAGAGCAGGCCCAGCCAGUGUUCAAGGAUCCGUCAAAUAUGAGAACUCCGAUUUAUACUCUCCAGCCUCCACGCCUUCAACAUGUAGACCCUUAAAUUCAGUAGAACCAGCAACUGUUCCAUCGAUACCAGAAGCUCACAGCCUCUAUGUCAACCUUAUCCUUUCAGAAUCUGUAAUGAAUCUCUUUAAGGAUUGCAAUUUUGACAGCUGUUGCAUUUGUGUAUGCAACAUGAACAUUAAAGGUGCAGAUGUUGGUGUGUAUAUCCCUGAUCCCACCCAAGAAGUGCAAUUCCGCUGUACAUGUGGCUUUAGUGCAGUGAUGAAUCGAAAGUUUGGUAACAGCUCUGGCUUGUUUUUGGAGGAUGAGUUGGAUAUAAUUGGCAGACAUACAGAAUGUGCUAAAGAAGUGGAAAAACGCUUUGAUGCCCUUCGAGCUGCAGGAGCUGAUCAUGGGGUGCUAAAGGAUACAGAAAAAAUCCCAGAUGAAUUGAUACUACUACUACAUGAUCAGUGCACUAAUUUAUUUUCUCCAUUUGGAAUUAUGGAUGAAGAGCCAACAACAAAAACCAGCAUUGUGAAUUAUGCAGCUCGUGUUGAAGAACAAGACUGCUGUAAUGAUUGCUACUUGGCACUGGAGCAUGGACGACAGUUUAUGGAUAACAUGUCUGGAGGCAAAGUGGAUGAAGCACUUGUCAGAAGUUCUUGCUUACAUCGCUGGUCUAAAAGGAAUGUAGAUUCAAGCAAGCAGUGUUCCCAAGACAUUCUUCGGAUGCUUCUUUCGUUGCAACCUGUUUUACAAGAUGCUGUUCAAAAGAAGCGAACUGUACGGUCAUGGGGUGUGCAGGGUCCUUUAACCUGGCAACAGUUUCACAAAAUGGCUGGUCGUGGCUCAUAUGGAACAGAUGAAUCUCCAGAACCACUGCCAAUCCCUACAUUUCUGGUUGGAUAUGAUUAUGACUUUUUGGUGCUGUCUCCCUUUGCUCUGCCUUACUGGGAAAGGCUGAUGCUAGAACCUUAUGGGUCUCAGCGAGACAUUGCAUAUGUGGUGGUUUGCCCAGAAAAUGAGGCUCUUCUAAAUGGAGCUAAGAGUUUCUUUCGGGAUCUCACUGCAAUGUAUGAGGCUUGCAGACUUGGCCAGCAUCGACCAAUUUCCAAACAGCUAACAGAUGGCAUCAUGCGAGUUGGGUCCACUACAGCAAAAAAGGUUUCUGAGAAGUCUGUUGCACAGUGGUUUACUCAGGCAGCUAGCAGCGGCAAUGAUACCUUUUCCAAAUUACGAUUGUAUGCGCAAGUGUGCAAAUAUGAGUUGGGGCCGUAUCUUGCUUCCCAACCACUAGAUAGUUCUCUACUCUGCCAGCCGAACCUUGCACCUCCUGUUAGUCAGAAUCCUUCCACUCAGCCUCUCUCAACAAGUGGCUCCGGAAACCCCAGCACUCCUUCAUCCAUAACCCCAGCUCCAACAACUAAUUCAUCCACAACUCCAAACAGUUCUCUGCCCGCUACAACUACAACAGGCCUUUCUGGUUCCGCAAAUGGGACAAACCCCUUACAAGGAAACAAACCUACCAGCUUUCCUCCCUAUGGGAGCAUGAACAACUCCACUAGUGCUGUCCCAACGCAAGUCAGUUCUGUCCAGAACAAUCAGGCCGGACAGCAACAGCUGAAUCUGCAGCAAGCCACUGGAAUGUCAAGUGACCAGGUGGCGGCGGCGGCAGCAGCAGCAGCUGCAGCUGCUGCAGCAGCAACUGAGGUUACUGAAAGCACCAUGGAUCGAGAUAAGGUUGGAGUUCCAACUGAUGGAGAGUCUCAUGCCAUCACCUAUCCACCAGCUAUUGUGGUUUACAUUGUUGAUCCUUUCACUUACGAAAAUAAAGAUGAAGGCUCAAAUUCCUCUAGUAUAUGGUCCUUGGGGCUUCUUCGCUGUUUCUUGGAAAUGGUGCAUGUUCUUCCAUCACACAUCAGAAACACAGUUUCUGUACAGAUUGUACCGUGCCAGUAUCUUCUUCAACCAGUGAGACAUGAGGAUCGGCAGAUUUAUACACAGCAUUUGAAAUCCCUAGCAUUCUCUGUGUUUACGCAGUGCAGAAGACCACUUCCCUGCACUACAUAUGUAAAAACGUUAACUGGAUUUGGGCCUGGUCUGGCCAUUGAAAAUGCCUUGAAAAGUCCAGAGAGGCCAGAAUGUAUUAAACUGUACACCCCACCAUUUAUUCUGGCUCCAGUCAAAGAUAAGCAGACAGAGCUUGGUGAAACGUUUGGAGAAGCUGGCCAAAAAUACAAUGUUCUCUUCGUUGGUUACUGUUUGUCUCAUGAUCAAAAGUGGCUCCUAGCAUCUUGCACCGAUCUCUAUGGCGAGCUCUUGGAAACUUGCAUCAUUAAUAUUGAUGUGCCAAACAGAGCUCGGCGGAAAAAAGGCUCUGCUCGCCGCAGUGGUCUUCAAAAGCUAUGGGAAUGGUGCCAGGGACUUGUACAGAUGAGCUCUUUACCAUGGAGAGUGGUAAUUGGUCGCCUGGGAAGGAUAGGGCAUGGAGAGCUAAAAGAUUGGAGCGCCUUGUUGAGUAGUCGCAAUUUGCAGUCACUUAGCAAGAGAUUGAAGGAUACGUGUCGAAUGUGUGGCAUAUCAGCAGCAGAUUCUCCCAGCAUACUUAGUGCUUGUUUGGUAGCUAUGGAGCCACAAGGUUCAUUUGUGAUCAUGCCAGAUUCUGUGUCCACUGGUUCAGUGUUUGGGCGUAGCACUACAUUAACCAUGCAAACUUCACAACUUAAUACACCACAGGACACAUCCUGCACCCAUAUUUUAGUUUUCCCUACAUCAGCGUUUGUUCAAGUGGCAUCUGUAAAUAACACCAAUGAAAACAUAUUCAGUACAAAUAAUGAUGGAUCAGAUGGCAUGGGGAUCUUUGAUGUGCUUGAUACACCUGAAGAUUUGGACCCAGAUAUUAUUAACAUUUUUCCUGCAUCGCCUGGAUCCCCAGGCCAUUCUCCAGGAUCUCAUUACCCCCAUGGAGGUGAUGUUGGCAAGGGUCAAGGAACUGAUCGACUGCUGUCUACAGAAUCUCAUGAUGAAGUUACCAACAUUUUACAACAACCCUUAGCACUAGGUUACUUUGUUUCGACUGCCAAAGCUGGACCAUUGCCUGACUGGUUUUGGUCAGCAUGCCCUCAAGCACAAAAUCAGUGCCCACUGUUUCUUAAGGCCUCUCUGCACCUUCAUGUGCCUUCAGUGCAAUCGGAUGAGUUGCUGCACAGCAAACAUUCACACCCACUGGAUUCAAAUCAGACUUCAGAUGUCCUCAGGUUUGUUUUGGAACAGUAUAAUGCCCUCUCCUGGCUAACCUGUGAUCCUGCAACUCAAGACAGGCGUUCGUGUCUGCCGGUUCAUUUUGUGGUGCUGAACCAGUUGUAUAACUUUAUCAUGAAUUUGCUGUGAUAUUCAUCAGGAAAGCCAAGGAUCAAGAAAAAUUUUACUUUCAUUGCAGGACUUUAAAAUCCUUUUGUUUUUAUCUGAAGCCACUCGGUACUCAAUGGGCAGCAUUUCCAGCAGUCUGCAUUUCCAUCCUUGCUAUGUUUUAAUAGAAUGGACGUUUUGAGUUUUUGCUUUGAAGCCAGUCUAAGUCACAUUGCACACUGCUCAUCUCCAGUCUCAGUAUUUCCUCUAAGAUCUUCUCUACCUGCUGGCAUCAAGAGAUUCGAGAGCUUGGGGAUGCCCUAUACUAAUAAUGAGGCGCUUUAGCUGUGACAUUUAAGCGCCAUAAAGAUGUUGUGUGGAUUCUAAAACCUAAUAUCAAUAUACAGAAAAUGCCUGCAUCUUUUAUUUAUUGUAAGUUUUUAAAUGUGUAAAUUGUCUUAUAUUUCUUAACCUCUUUUAUAAAUACAAAAACAUUUUUCCUAGAAGGUUUAUACUGCCUUCUUGCUUUAAAGCAAUUGGUUUAAAAUCUAUGUAUGCGUCUUAAUUAAAGUUGCAGUAGGUUGCUUUUAGAGUAUUAUUUUUUGUAAGUGGGUGGGAGACAUUAAAAACUUUGUAUUAUUCGAUGUACAGUUAAAGGGUUGGGUGGGUAGGAGGGAUAAUGUCCAUACCAUUGUGUGUGGGGGAUUUACAGCUAAGCUGUAGCAGCAGAGUACUUGUACAGUAAUGAUCUACACUGUGUUUAUAAAUUUGAAAAAGGUACCGGGUCUUUAACAGAUUUUUUUUUUUUAUAGAAUUGCACAUCAGCAGACCUAAUGGCAAUAUAUCAUUGACUAUUUUAGGUGGAUAUACCUGUAGUGACAAGUGUUCAGUUUUUGUUUUGUUUUUUAUAUUUGGUUUGGGGCUUUGACUGCUUUUGUUAAAUUUGUUGCUACAAACAGCAUUAUUUUAUAUUUAUAAGAGCUAUAUCCCCUCCCUAAAAUUAUAGAUUUUUGUUAAUGAUUUCCUUUCCCCCCAUUUGUGAUGGCUGGUUAACAUUGAAUGCAAAUGGGUAAAACUGAUGACCGUGUCAUUUAAUAUGUUAAACCUAGCUUGGCGUAUGCCAUGUGGCAAUGGAAGCCGUCAUCAUGGGGUUCUACAUGUGGUGUUAUGGUGCAGUGUAUAUAGACUCUCACACUGGUUGGUUGAUAGGAUUCCUAAUGUUCUUAUAUCAGAUCUUUAUCAUUUUAAAUCUGUAUUAUCUUGAAGAGUUCCUCUAUUUACACAGUACCUGGAAAUAAUUGAAUUGUAUUCAGAGAAACCUCACUUUUUUAAGUUUGUAAAUACAGAGUAUUUACCUUUAACGCUCAUAUAGUUACAUGGAGGAAUCCAGUAUGCAUUUUGCGUAUGUGUGUGUAUAUAUAUACAUAGAUAUAUAUAUAUAUAUAAAUAUAAAUAAAUAUUUAAGAAGAGAUGAAUUUUGUUUAACACUUGGUGACAAAAGCUUUCAGACAUUCUUUCAAAACAGUGCAAUCAAAAAGUAUUUUACUUCAGAAAUCUCUAUUUUUAUUUUUGUUUGUUUCCUAAAGGUAAUUUGAAUGCCUCAGGAAAUAAGUUGGCAUUUCUCUUACUUGGUUAAGAUUUCUGUGGGAUAAAGAUGUUUUCUGAUGUGUUGGAAAUUUUCAAUCUGUAAUUAAAUCAGUCAUAUUUUUAUUCAUUUUGUUUAUGCUUGCUAUUAUUUACCUUCUACCUGCCAACUACCCAGACAACAUGAUUUGCUGUGUGUGUGUGUUUUACAGUAAAAUUCCAAUAAUCUGGCACCUUUUAUGGAGUUGCUCGCCUUCCUCAAGAAUUGCUACACUUCAUUAUAUUUAAUUUUCUCUACUCUUUCCAAAUUUCUUGGACUGAUCCACUAAGUGCCAUUA